AUGGAUGCGAUCCGGAAAAAAGACCCAUCGCUGGAGUUUAACGGUGAACGGGAGAAACGCCAACUCGGAGGACGUAAUCCGAACAUUCCUCGACCUCCACCGUAUGCUAGUCGUACGUUUGAAAAUCGAACGGAUUUGUUGCGAUUUAUUGAACGAAGUACAAGACGCUUUGAUCAGAAUCGUACAACACGCUCUGCACCAACAACACCGUUUACCGUACGUGGCUCCUCAAUUUGGCCGUCAACAGUGAACAACCCAAAUGUUAUAAUGCGAAACGGCACGUUGAGCAAAAUUUUUGAAGCGAAACGAAUCGGACCUGCACCGUUACCGAUCUACACUCCACCGCCUCGUACUCAUCCGCCGCAUGAACCUGGAAAAGUGAAAGAGGUGCGUUAUGGACCAGUAAGUAUCAGUAGUAUGGCCUCACCGUAA